AUGCGCGGCGCUGGUCUAGCUCAUAUCUGGGAAGCGCUCAAAGAAGGCAUUGUCACAAGCACCUCGCUAACCCCAGUGCGUCUUAAAGCCAUGGAAGAAUAUUACUAUUCCCAUAUUUGUCAGUUGUCAUCGGAAGACCAUGGCAGAUAUGUUGCUAGGGCGUCCAAGCUGCAGACAGUUUUGGCCAGUGGCUCCAUGCUGAAUCCUACUACGGCGCAAUUUUGGAAGAAUCUUACCAACAUGCCCAUUGCUACUACAUUUGGGAUAACUGAGAUAGGAGGUGGGGUGUUUCGGACCUCUCCUUACAGCGCCUUCGUCGAUGUUCGAUGUAUUGGCGAGCCUAUGCCAAAUAAAGUGGUAAAGUUGUCCGAUGGUGACAGGUGCCAACUUUUCGUCAAGGCUCCUGGGAUGUUCACCCACUACAUCGGCGAUGAGGAGGCCACCAAGGCUGCCUUUGAUGAAGAAGGUUUCGAACAGAUGAUAUCCUUCGUCGCGAGGGGAAUCAAUUCAUCUUUCUCGGAAGGGCAUCGAGUGACUGGAUUAGAUUCUCUGCAUUCACAGUGUCGUAUAAAUUACCCAGACUUCUACGAAUUCUACAAGAAGAAGAGGUCGCUCGCCCCCUUCACAACUUCGGAUAAAGGUAGGAAGAACGAAAUGCGUGAAAAAUACUUUGAAGUAUCUGGUUAUCGACCCAAUGAUUAUGCCGUGCCCGGUGUGGAAUUCUUCGGAAAUAAGACUGGCAGUUAUUUUAUUAACCCUGCAGAAAGAGUACCCUCAUGA